GUGACACCAGCUCUCCCACCUGAACGUGAUUCGUUGUGUUUAUUUCACCAAAGAUUCAGCAACUAUAAAAAUUCAACUCAAGCAUUGAGCUGUAAGCAUUUACAUGAGAUUUUCUUCUCAUAUAGACAUCUGAAAGGAAAAUAUUAUUUCACCAUAGAUGCAGAAACACCGAUGAGGGACUUUUUAUUUGACUUUGUACAGCGGGACUUGUUUUUUCUUUCCUCCUGAUUUGAACGUCUGCAGACGUCUCUGUGCAGCACUGCUCACUUCAACGAGCAGCUGUGGAUUUUCCUGAGAAACACUUUUGCGGUUACCGGUUAUAAAAUAUGACUUUUGGGGAUUUCACAGGAAUCCGGGAGCUUUGCAGCUCUCCGCCUUAUAUGGCAGGGCUGAGCGCGUGCUACGUGCCUGUCCACGGGCUGCACGAGUGACCUGGAAGACAAACACGGUGUAGAGGCGGAGGACACGCACACACACAAACACACACAGCUCUGUCCGCUGCGCUGUUGCGGCUCGCUCACCCACGCAGGCCGAACAUGGAGGCUUCGUUUGCAGGUAAACGGGCUCUGGUCAUCGGAGCAGGAAAAGGGAUUGGUAGGGCCACAGCUCUGGCUCUGGCACGCUGCGGGGCAAAGGUCAUAGCGGUCACACGAACACAGGCCGAUCUCAAUAGCCUGGUGGAGGAGUGCGCCUCCAUCACCCCGGUGUGUGUGGACCUCACAGACUGGGGGGCCACAGAGCAGGCCCUGCAGGAUGUCGGCCCUGUCGACCUGCUGGUCAAUAACGCUGCCUGCGCCAACCUACAGCCAUUUCUGGAAGUCACACCUGACAAGUUUGAGCAGGCUUUCAGUGUGAAUGUGAAAGCUGUGGUGCAGGUUUCUCAGUUAGUGGCUCGUGGUAUGAAGGCCCGGGGAUCAGGAGGCUCCAUUGUUAAUGUGUCCAGCCAGGCAUCGCAGCGCGCCCUCAGAGAGCACGCUGUCUACUGUGCUACCAAAGCGGCUCUGGACAUGCUGAGUAAGGUGAUGGCUUUAGAGCUGGGACCACAUCAGAUCCGUGUGAACACCGUGAACCCCACAGUGGUGAUGACUGACAUGGGUCGCUUGGGCUGGAGCGAUCCUGAAAAAGCCAAGAGCAUGAAGUCCCGGAUCCCCCUGGGCCGCUUCGCAGAGGUGGAGGAGGUUGUGAACAGCAUUUUAUUCCUGCUGAGUGAAAAGAGCAGCAUGAUUAAUGGAGUCACUCUGCCGGUGGAUGGAGGCUUCCUGGCCUGCUGAGCCACAUCAGCCCAUCGUCCACCUGCUCGGAGCAAAACUUCACUUGCAGAUUUCUUCUUCACUGUGAUUGUCUCCAAUAUAACUGGACUCAACCAGCGAGGGGCCCGAAGGAUUGUUUGACCCAUUGAUGGAAUUUGUGCUAUUAAAAGAUAAAAACAUGCUGCUGCAUUAAAAUCAGUAUUAAAAACAAAAACUCUGUUUAAAAAUAAAUUGUUUGUUUUUUAC